AGAUCCGUUACAGUCUUCUGGUCACAUGGCGAAUCUACUGUUGUGUGCUCACUGCUCAGUGCAGUGUGCUGUGUGUUGCAUGCCAUGGGUGUUUAUUUUCAAGCAAGCAGCAAGGUUUUUCUUUCAUCAUUCUGAACUCUCUUGCGUUGUACUACAAAGUACGCUGGAGCCGUUGUGGUCUGCAUUUUAACUUCCUCUCAUACUCAGGGCUGCCCUUUCUUCGGCGUUAUCUUAUGUUCGGAGAAAGGCUUGCAUAGUGGUGUGGCUGGUCCACAAGUAGUGCUGGGUAUGAUCCAUGGUCUAGCAGCAGUUCCUCGGACUCGAUCAUAUCGCGGAAACUAACACCUGCCUGUCUUGAGAAACGACAAUGAGCUCCUUUUUGCAGGUAACCCGACGGCUGCUGGUUAGCCUUGUAUUCAGUUUCCUAUAUGGCUUUGCUCCCCGGCUGCUGGCAGCAAGUCCGACUUUGCCUGUUUCAAAUCUAGUGCUUUCGUCGUCGUUAGCCAAUACAAUUACGGUGACGUGGGACGAUUCCGAUCCAACAAUAGAUUACUACAAAAUCAGGUACACCCGCUUGCUUCUCUCUGGUGUGCCGUAUAAUGUCACAAAUGUAACUCUUCCGGACUUUGCAAGCAAUGGCAUGGGAAGACACAGUCACACAAUAUCUGGGUUGUCUGCUGGCAGCAUGUUUCGCAUAACUGUUUGGCCAUGCGAAUCCGAUGAAGAGACAACUGAGUCAACCACACCAACAUCUCCAGCAAGUUCGUCAGCUACACCAGCAGAUGCAAUGACCUGGUCAGGUGCAUCAACAAAUGAAUCAGAUACACCAGCAACAACAAUAGUUACAUCGACGGGGGCACCUACAACAGCAGCAUCUGCUACAACAAUAGCAUCCGCUACAACAAUAGCAUCCGCUACAACAAUAGCAUCUGCUACAACAGCAGCUGGGGCAAGUAUGACAACUAUGCCUCCGAGCCAGUGUGGGCCUGAGGCACAGAAAACAAUAAGCACUAGUGAUGCAGAUCCAACCUCUCCUGUCCAAAACCUAACUGUCACGGCUGUAUCUGGAAACACCACUAAUGUAUCAUGGGUCAGACCUGAAAUUGGAACACUGCACGGAGCUUUGACUCACUACAUGGUUGUAUACAAUCGCACUAUUCUCUCUGGGGAGACAGGGCCAAGUCAUUUCACUACAAACAGUGUGCAAGUUACAGCUGGUGAUCCAGCACAAACAGAUUUCUCCUAUCAAAUCCUGGGGCUAACAGCUGGCAGCAGGUAUGAAAUAUCCAUUGAACCAUGUAGGAUGGCUGUGUGUGGACCAGCUGCAACGACAAGUACCAACACCAGUAAUGCAGAUCCUACCUCUCCUGUCCAAAACCUAACCAUCACGGCUGUAACCGGAAACACCACUAAUGUAUCAUGGAUCAGACCGGAAAUUGGAACACUGCAUGGAGCUUUGACUCACUACGUGGUUGUAUACAAUCGCACUAUUCUCUCUGGGGAGACAAGUAAUUUCACUACAAACAGUGAACAAGUUCCAGCUGGUAGUGAUCCAGCACAAACAGAUUUCUCCUAUCAAAUCAUGGGGCUAACAGCUGGCAGCAGGUAUGAAAUAUCCAUUGAACCAUGUAGGAUGGCUGUGUGUGGACCAGCUGCAAUGACAAGUACCAACACCAGUAAUGCAGAUCCUACCUCUCCUGUCCAAAACCUAACCGUCACGGCUGUAACCGGAAACACCACUAAUGUAUCAUGGGUCAGACCUGAAAUUGGAACACUGCACGGAGCUUUGACUCACUACGUGGUUGUAUACAAUCGCACUAUUCUCUCUGGGGAGACAAGCAAUUUCACUACAAACAGUGAACAAGUUCCAGCUGGUAGUGAUCCAGCACAAACAGUUUUCUCCUAUCAAAUCCUGGGGCUAACAGCUGGCAGCAGGUAUGAAAUAUCCAUUGAACCAUGUAGGAUGGCUGUGUGUGGACCAGCUGCAACGACAAGUACCAACACCAGUAAUGCAGAUCCAACCUCUCCUGUCCAAAACCUAACCGUCGUGGCUGUAACCGGAAACACCACUAAUGUAUCAUGGGUCAGACCUGACAUUGGAACACUGCACGGAGCUUUGACUCACUACGUGGUUGUAUACAAUCGCACUAUUCUCUCUGGGGAGACAAGUAAUUUCACUACAAACAGUGAACAAGUUCCAGCUGGUAGUGAUCCAACACAAACAGUUUUCUCCUAUCAAAUCCUGGGGCUAACAGCUGGCAGCAGGUAUGAAAUAUCCAUUGAACCAUGUAGGAUGGCUGUGUGUGGACCAGCUGCAACGACAAGCACCAACACCAGUAAUGCAGAUCCUACCUCUCCUGUCCAAAACCUAACCGUCACGGCUGUAACCGGAAACACCACUAAUGUAUCAUGGGUCAGACCGGAAAUUGGAACGCUGCAUGGAGCUUUGACUCACUACGUGGUUGUAUACAAUCGCACUAUUCUCUCUGGGGAGACAAGUAAUUUCACUACAAACAGUGAACAAGUUCCAGCUGGUAGUGAUCCAGCACAAACAGAUUUCUCCUAUCAAAUCAUGGGGCUAACAGCUGGCAGCAGGUAUGACAUAUCCCUUGAACCAUGUAGGAUGGCUGUGUGUGGACCAGCUGCAACGACAAGUACCAACACCAGUAAUGCAGAUCCAACCUCUCCUGUCCAAAACCUAACCGUCGUGGCUGUAACCGGAAACACCACUAAUGUAUCAUGGGUCAGACCUGACAUUGGAACACUGCACGGAGCUUUGACUCACUACGUGGUUGUAUACAAUCGCACUAUUCUCUCUGGGGAGACAGGGCCAAGUCAUUUCACCACAAACAGUGAACAAGUUCCAGCUGGUAGUGAUCCAACACAAACUAAUUUCUCCUAUCAAAUCCUGGGGCUAACAGCUGGCAGCAGGUAUGAAAUAUCCAUUGAACCAUGUAGGAUGGCUGUGUGUGGACCAGCUGCAACGACAAGUACCAACACCAGUAAUGCAGAUCCAACCUCUCCGGUCCAAAACCUAACCGUCAUGGCUGUAACCGGAAACACCACUAAUGUAUCAUGGGUCAGACCUGACAUUGGAACACUGCAUGGAGCUUUGACUCACUACGUGGUCGUAUACAAUCGCACUAUUCUCUCUGGGGUGACAAGCAAUUUCACUACAAACAGUGAACAAGUUCCAGCUGGUAGUGAUCCAGCACAAACAGUUUUCUCCUAUCAAAUCCUGGGGCUAACAGCUGGCAGCAGGUAUGAAAUAUCCAUUGAACCAUGUAGGAUGGCUGUGUGUGGACCAGCUGCAACGACAAGUACCAACACCAGUAAUGCAGAUCCAACCUCUCCUGUCCAAAACCUAACCGUCGUGGCUGUAACCGGAAACACCACUAGUGUGUCAUGGGUCAGACCGGAAAUUGCAACACUGCACGGAGCUUUGACUCACUACAUGGUUGUAUACAAUCGCACUAUUCUCUCUGGGGAGACAGGACCAAGUCAUUUCACUACAAACAGUGAACAAGUUCCAGCUGGUAGUGAUCCAACACAAACUAAUUUCUCCUAUCAAAUCAUGGGGCUAACAGCUGGCAGCAGGUAUGAAAUAUCCAUUGAACCAUGUAGGAUGGCUGUGUGUGGACCAGCUGCAACGACAAGUACCAACACCAGUAAUGCAGUACCCACAGGGAUGGUGCAGAACGUAGCCACUUCAAGUGACAGUAAUAGUAUCCGUUUGACAUGGAACAGGCCCCCCUUAGCAACACUCAAUGGAAGACUGUCUUACUACAAUAUAGUGUACAAUCGCACGCUGUUGUCUGGAGUAGCAUUCAAUUUGACCACUGCAACUGUGACUGCAACGGUGGGCAGCGAAACGGACACAGCGUUCUCCCACGACAUCACUGGGCUAUCUGCUGGUAGCAAGUUUAAUGUGUCUGUGGAACCAUGCCGAGGGUCGCCAUCAGCUUCCAAUUUAUGUGGACCAGCAUCUGUUCAUACAAUUGAUACUGCCAAUGAACAGCCGACGUCUCCUGUCCAGAAUCUGGGAGUUAUGGGCACUGGGCAAACUGUGAGAGUAACAUGGAACAGACCCAACCUUGAAACAUUGCGCGGAGCAUUGACCCAUUACAAGAUUGUGUACAAUCGAACCAAGUUGGCUGGCAUCGCGCAUCAUAUGAUAUCAAAUUCUGUGGAUGUUAAUGUAACACUGGCCACUAAGGAGGAUUACUCACACGAUGUAGCCAAUCUAUCAUCUGGCAGUGAAUAUGUGUUUUCUGUUGAACCAUGCCGGAGAUCAACACCAUCAAGUAGCUUGGUGGUUGUGUGCGGACCACUCGACUCGGGAACAAUUCAAACUGGCAACAAAGAUCCCGAGGGCCAGGUUCAGCUGUUGGCAUUGUCCCUAUCAUCUGGUGGCAACGAGGUAAAUGUGAGCUGGGAAAAACCACCGGCACGUACUCUAAACGGAAUAUUAACUCACUUCAAGGUUGAAUACAAACGCAUUAUUCAAUCCGGAGUGACGGAAACGCCGCCAACCAUGAUGGUUGUUCAUGAGAACGUGACUGAUCAGACAGUUCAACGGUUUUCAACGGUCGUCACACGCCUGUCCCGUGGUAGCCAGUAUGCAUUGUCAGUUAGCGCCUGUAGAAACAUAUCCUGUGGACCAGCAACAAUCAUGUCAAUCAACACAUCUGAUGCAGAUCCAACCUCUCCGGUCCAAAACCUAGCUAUCAUGGCUGUAACCCACAACACCGCUACUGUAGCAUGGAACAGACCUGGAAUUGCAACACUGCACGGAGCUUUGACUCACUACAUGGUUGUAUACAAUCGCACUAUUCUCUCUGGGGAGACAGGGAUAAGUCAUUUCACUACAAACAGUGUGCAAGUUCCAGCUGGUAGUGAUCCAGCACAAACAGAUUUCUCCUAUCAAAUCACGGGGCUAACUGCUGGUAGCAGGUAUGCAAUAUCCAUUAAACCAUGUAGGACGCCUGUGUGUGGACCAGCUGCACUGACAAGUACUGAUACCAAUAAUGCAGAUCCAACCUCUCCGGUCCAAAACCUAGCUAUCAUGGCUGUAACCCACGACACCGCUACUGUAGCAUGGAACAGACCUGGAAUUGCAACACUGCACGGAGCUUUGACUCACUACAUGGUUGUAUACAAUCGCACUAUUCUCUCUGGGGAGACAGGGCCAAGUCAUUUCACUACAAACAGUGUGCAAGUUACAGCUGGUGAUCCAGCACAAACAGAUUUCUCCUAUCAAAUCACGGGGCUAACUGCUGGUAGCAGGUAUGCAAUAUCCAUUAAACCAUGUAGGACGCCUGUGUGUGGACCAGCUGCACUGACAAGUACUAAUACCAAUAAUGCAGUACCCACAGGGAUGGUGCAGAACGUAGCCACUUCAAGUGACAGUAAUAGUAUCCGUUUGACAUGGAACAGGCCCCCCUUAGCAACACUCAAUGGAAAACUGUCUCACUACAAUAUAGUGUACAAUCGCACGCUGUUGUCUGGAGUAGCAUUCAAUUUGACCACAGCAACUGUGACUACAUCGGCGGGCAGCGAAACGGACACAGCGUUCUCCCACGACAUCACUGGGCUAUCUGCUGGUAGCAAGUUUGUUGUGUCUGUGGAACCAUGCCGAGGGUCACCAUCAGCUUCCAAUUUAUGUGGACCAGCAUCUGUUCAUACAAUUGAUACUGCCAAUGAACGACCGGCAGCCUCCGUCCAAAGGCUGUCCUCCAGUGUCUUGGCUCAAGCGGUCACAUUGUCAUGGACUAGACCAGACCUUAAGACGCUACACGGAGCAUUGAGCUACUACAAUAUUGUGUACAACCGCACACUGCUGGCUGGCGUGUCACAUCUCAUUACAACAGAUAGAAUGAGAGUUGAUUCAAUUUCUCCAGAUCAAACCGAUUUCUCCAAAACAAUUAGGAUGCUGUCCGCUGGUAGCCAGUAUGAGAUGUCAGUUGAGCCAUGUAGAGAUCCGGAUCUAUGUGGACCUCCUGCCACAGUGACAGUUGAUACUGAGGAAAAAGCACCCGAGGGCAGUGUACAGAACAUGGCACUAACUCUACAGAGUGGCACCAGUUUGAUUAUAAGCUGGGAAAAACCACCAGCAAAUACUUUGCACGGAUCGUUGACUCGCUUCCAGAUUGGUGUCACGCACAGUAUCCUGUCUGGAGUUCAUCAAGUGCUGCACAAUAGUUUACAGGAAGCAGUAACUGAUCAAACAAUUACGCAGUAUUCAAAGCGGCUCGAAGGGCGGGCAUAUGGCAGCCAGUAUACUCUGUCAAUUAGCGCCUGUAGACUUUCAUUGUGUGGACCUCAUGUGCAGAUGUCAAUCAACACCAGUGUUGGAGUUCCACAGAAGCCGGUGGACAAUCUCAGCAUCACACCACAGUCAACAGCUCUGCAUCUUCAAUGGACCAGACCUGAUUUGCUUUCUUUGCGUGGAGCGCUGACCCACUAUAAGAUUGUGUACAAUCGUACACUCCUUUCCGGAGUCGCUUUCAAUUUGACGACAGCAAGUCUGACUGUGUCAGUCAGUUCUCCAAUGAACACUCAGUUUUCUCAAGUCAUUGAUGGAUUAACUGCUGGAAGCAGGUUUGAGGUCUCUGUUGAGCCCUGUAGGCUGUCUAUAUGUGGACCAGCUGCAAAGAGGGCUGUCAACACCACAGAGAUUGCUCCGGAUGGAGUUGUGCUAGGACCCAAUGUGACAUCAUUGUCGUCAACUGCCGUUUCCAUUCAUUGGUCUCUACCCAUGCUGCAAAAUCGACAUGGCCGAAUUCUCUCUUACUCAUGGUCUCAUGAGCGCCUGCUGCAGGCAAAUGUUUCAAGUCGCACUUCAGCCUUUUCGGGUUUGUCACUGUCAAGGACACUAACGGCACACAACCUUACAGCUGGCAGCUUGUACCAGUUUUCCAUCAGUCCCUGCAAUGCGUUUGGCUGUGGUACUCGACUUCUAUACAACAUCUCCACCCAUGAACAGCGCCCCGCAACGAAAGUAAAUUUACUCCCGAACUUUCCAGUCGAGGCCAAUGCAUCAACGCUGUUCUGGACGGAAUUGCCACGCGAUGAUCGGCGUGGAGUGAUCACAUCCUACACUUGCUUCUAUGACCGCAUCCAGCAGGCUGGUGUGCUGGGUAGGAACUUCUCAGGAGAGGAGGUGGUCGUUGACCGGUCAUGUCGCCUCUCCAAUCUGACUUCCGGCAGUGUCUAUGCGGUGGCAGUCAUAGCUUGCACUGCUGUGGGCUGUGGUCCUGCUGCAAGCAUUAAUUUCACAACCUUGGAAAUAAAACCUUCAUCCUCAGUGGUUUCGCUUCAGAUUGACAAGAAAGGAUCAGCUUCUCUUACAGUUUCCUGGUCAAAUCCACAUCCAGAUUUUCUGGGAGGCCCGGUCAAAAAAUACAACCUGGUGAUCCAGAGAACGCACCGUGCCCAGAAAGCCUCACCAGACACACCUGCCACCUGGAUAAAUACGCAGCCUUUUUUCAGCUUCACCAAGCUGACACCAGCUAGUAGAUACAUUAUCUUUGUGGCAGUGUGUAAUCAACUUCACUGCAGCACCUACAAUAACAUAACUGGCGAAACAGACGUAAUUGCCCCUCCAACAAUGACAAUCUCAACAAUAACUGUAGCACCGGACGUGGUUAACAUGGAAGUACCCCAGUUUAACAGGCACAGGCAAUUGGUUUUGCCUGUGCCACAGACCGACUCCAAAAAUGGUGUGAUUGUGGCUGCCGCGAUUUUGGUGUACAGGAAGUGUGACAAUUUGGUCAGCACAGGUAAUCCCGUUGCAUUUUCCGACUUUCAGAAGUGCACGACAUGCCCAUGUCCACCUUACAUCGCCAAGUAUGGUCCACUGUCAGAGGUUAUCGUAGCGUCUGAUGACGUGAGAUUCAUUGUCCUUGGUAACAGUAGCGUACCCACUUCUGGCCCACUGGCAUGCCAACAAGUCUGUGAUGCAGCUCUUGAAAGUGGCCGCGAGUACAGUGUGAGUGUUAGAUACUUCACAUCUGCACCCGAUACAGCACUCAUUCAAGGCGAUGUGACUGCAGUAAACCAAGGAGUGUACUCCGAUCAGCUGGUAGCUGUAUCUGCUGCCACCGCUCCCAUUCCUGCGGAGGCAAGCUCAGCUGGUGCAGCCGUAGGCGUCGCAUUUUCUGUGCUCAUAAUCAUUGCCGGCGCUCUUUUCGGGUAUUUCUACGUGCAAAAGAAAGAUGGCGGGAAAAUCCGCCUUCCCAUAAAAGAUAAGUUGCUGCAAUUGAAGGCUCUCAACUCAACUGCUAUGUCAACCAUCAGCAUCAGCCUAUCGUCGAAGCGCAAGCUUAUGUCCAUGGAUUCUGAGGACAUCCGUACGUCUAGCUUCAGCAGCCGCAAGAGGCCUCUCCAGCAACACUCUCCAAGCCUGGCCAGCGUGAACACAUCCAUCAAGGAGUGCAUACGGCCAGUGAAGUUGACAGAAUUUAAUGACUUUGUCACCGAUAUGAGAGCAAACUCUGAUCUGAAAUUGGCUGAAGACUUCGAGAAUAUUAAGAAGAUUGGCAAGGAAACGCCCAGUACCUUUGCAACACUGCCCAUCAACAAGCCGAAAAACCGCUACAUGAACAUUCUGGCAUAUGAUCAUUCUCGAGUAAAGUUGAAGCGUGCUAGUGACAACCCGCUGGUGACCGACUAUAUCAAUGCCAAUUACAUCUCGGGCUAUCGACACACAAACCGCUACAUUGCAUCACAAGGUCCAUUGCCAGGUACUGUCUCUGACUUUUGGGGGAUGAUAUGGCAGCAGGAAGCAUCUGUCAUAGUCAUGGUAACGCAGGUCGAAGAGAAAGGCAGGAUCAAGUGCCAUCCAUAUUGGCCUAUGGAUACGGACGAUGUUCUCGAGUGCUGUGGUGUGGAGGUGAAUCUGGUGUCCGAAGUGAAAGAAGAUGACUGGAUUAAGCGGGAGAUCAACCUUGUCCAGGGUGACAAUCUGAGGACACUAACCCAGUUUGCUUUCCUCUCCUGGCCUGAUCACGGCGUACCGCAGUCAACCGAUGCUCUGCUAAAGCUGGUCUUUGCCGUGCGCAGACAGGUGACCGAGUGCGUGGACAAUCCCGAGAAGCCCGUGAUCGUCCACUGCAGCGCUGGUGUUGGCCGCACUGGCACAUUCAUUGCUGUGGACACCUGUGUGGAGCGGCUGGCCAACAAAGAUUACAUUGACCCCUACGCCGUUGUCUGCUCCAUGCGAGAGCGUCGCAACCUGAUGGUUCAGACCGAGGAGCAAUACAUCUACAUAUACCGCUGUAUGGCGAAUGUAUGUGAACGAGUGCUGGCACUACGCAAUAAUGACGACUUGGCUGGUGAGGUGAACCGUGAACAGCUGAUGGAUCAAGUCGCUGAACAACUCAUCGGCAAGUCAGCAGGUCCGAAGAAGGAGUUAUCCGUGCAUCAGAACACACUGAUGGCAGAUUGUUCACUGGGGCGUACUUCCUACAAGUUAGGCGACGACAAUGGAGACAGUCCCAAGAAAGUAGCAUCAGUGUCCGCCAUGACUUUUGUAGAUGACUCGUCGCCACCAGCAACUGAACCAAGUCGCUUAGCAGACCUGACGCAAAGGAAGCAGGGUGCAGGCGAGGACUCAACGGUGCCACGAAUCAUUGACCUCUAACCCAUAAAAAACCCAGUCUCUCUCUCUCUCUCUCUCUCUCUCUCUCUCUCUCUCUCUCUCUCUCUCUCUCUUUACAACCAUGUACAGAUGUUUUCUACAUUGAGACCUGUUUUUAAUAGCAUACUUGAUAGUACUACUUGGCAGUAGUAGUAGCAGUAGUGUUUUCGUGCCACUUUUCCCCGUUUCUUACUGCCAAGCCAGUUCUAAUGUGCACCCAUCGUUGGAUUUCUGGUAUUUCUGUAAUGAUAAUUUUUGCCAUCUCUAGAUGUCAUGCAGCCACGCCGAAAGACGGGUAUUUUCAAGAGCCUCUAUUUUACAACAGAUACCAAUUAGGCACUCUUCACACGUUCCGUAACCUGCUUACUAUUAUCUGGUGCACCUCAACAAGAGUAAUUUUACCGACUUUUUCAGUCGACUUUGUCUAUGUCAGCAAGCAAUGCUAGUUAGACCCCGCAUUUAAAAGCCUUCCCUAGCGCUAGCAGUGUGCCUGUCAGGUAUACAGGGUAAUUUGAAGCCAUAGAUCAUUCCUAAUAUUUGUAAUGAGUCGCUUACUGUGUUUAUGUUUGUGUCUAGUGCUGUCAGCAUGAUUAUUUUUGCUCAAAACUACUUCAGUAUAUUGUGUAUUCUCUGAUUGAAGAGUGAGAAUCAAGAUUGUUUAGUAUAUGACAAUGAUGCCCUUACCGUGCUUACUGUUUGCAUUGUGCUGGUAAGCAUUAGUUAUAGUGUACUUUUAAAAACAAUGUCGUCUUAUACCUGUA